AACAAAAUAGUUUAACAAUCUUACCAACAGGUACUGGAAAAACACUUAUUUUUUUAGUAUUUAGUAUAUUAUCAAAAUCUUUAACUGUUGUAUUUACACCUUUAAAAGCAAUAAUAAAAAAUCAAUUACAUAAAUUGAUAAAAAUAGGAAUUUCUGCUACUGCAAUAUUUGCUAUUUCAAAUCAGCCUUUGGAUGUACAAGAAAAAAUUUUUAGUAAAGUUGCAGCAGAUAUAACUGAAGUCUUAUGA